CGUGCAGGCGAGCGCGGGUGUCGCGCCUCACUUGUCACCCACCGCCGUGAGUGUACACAAACGCUGAGUAAUUCUUGUCGUCUCGUGAGGCAGGUGUGAGUGUGUGAGUCUCCUGCACCAACUCUCCUCUAUCAUAAUGGCUCGUCGCUAUGAUUCCAAGACAACCAUUUUCUCUCCAGAAGGGAGACUGUACCAGGUGGAAUAUGCCAUGGAAGCCAUUGGACAUGCUGGUACCUGUUUAGGCAUCCUAGCAAAUGAUGGUAUUGUGUUAGCUGCUGAGCGGCGUAACACAAACAAGCUCCUUGAUGAUGUAUUCCUCUCUGACAAAAUAUAUAAAAUUGAUGAGGACAUGGCAUGUUGUGUAGCAGGUAUCACGUCUGAUGCUAAUGUGUUAACAAAUGAGCUGCGUGCUAUUGCCCAACGACACACCCUUCAAUUUGGAGAGCCUAUUCCAUGUGAGCAGCUUGUCAUGAGGCUUUGUGACAUCAAACAAGCCUACACACAAUAUGGAGGAAAGCGUCCUUUUGGUGUAUCAAUUUUAUACAUGGGCUGGGAUAAUCGUCAUGGUUAUCAGCUUUAUCAAAGUGAUCCAUCUGGGAACUACUCGGGUUGGAAGGCCACUUGCAUUGGAAACAGCAGUGCAGCAGCCGUGUCCAUCUUGAAGCAGGAAUACAAAUUGGGUGAAACGGAUCUGCACGAGGCUCUUUUGCUGGCUCUGAAAGUGAUGAGUAAGACCUUAGACAUGACCAAACUCAAUGCUGAGAAGUUAGAGUUGGCUACACUUGUCAGGAAGGACGACAAAACUGAGAUUCAUGUUAUCUCCGUAGAUGAGGUAAAGGAUUUAAUCAAAGAACAUGAACAGAAAGAGGCGGCAGCAGAGGCUGCCAAGCAAGAUAAACAAUCUGGUUCGGGGAAGUCGUCUGAUAAGUAACAAUAGUGUACAGUAUAAAGAAAAAGGGUUAGAUGUCAUUUCUUUAUCGAGGAGCAAAAUAUUAAAUACAUUCGUCGCUUUUCCAUGAAGGACACAAUAUUGAGUAAUAAAUGUACGUUUGCAUACUCCCUUGUUGUCAGGCUAAAGUAUAGGAAACAUUGUAUGAAUCAUGGUUUUCUUCAUAUUAUAGAAUGUUUUAAUAAAAAAAAAUACUUGAAA